AUGACAGGCGACAUUCGCUCCAAGGCCCUUCAGAAGAUAGCUUCGCUAUCCGCGACUAGCUCCACGACAUCCUUUGACCGAUCCGAUCUCGACCGAUUAUGUAGAGCCUGUCACGCUGGUGCGAAGAGCAAGGACUAUGUCAAUGGAAGUCAGAAUAGAGGUUCUUUGGGUCGGGUGCCUAUGUCCAUCCGCGAAUUCGAGGUCCUAAUCGCAUUGUGUAAAACGGCACCCAAGAUCAAGUCGAGCCAGAGCGCGCAGAGGCUCUCCUACCAACUGUUUCCGUACAUCCUCGAAGCACACAUCCAAGUGUUCGUCCCGUCGCCCUUCUUUCGAAAGAUCGAUCCAUCCCCUACCGAAGCUUUGGCCUUUCAUGUAACAGGGGCUCUUCUGGCACUUGGCAUCAACUACGAUGAGCUCCAAGAAAACGUUAUUGAUAAAAUCUGGUCUUUUGUGAACUCAUGUAGACGAGCCACGGAGAGCAUCAUCUCCCCCCAAGCGGGAGACCCCGAGAACCCACACCUAGAAGACGCUGUUCGAACUGUAACAAUCGCCGUGGCUUUGCUUGGAUUUCUCGAUGCAGCUGCGGCACAAGCUGAUUUCUGGAGAGCUGGUGGUCGACUGGCGUUGGUCAAGAAGAUUAGAGAGCUUCUUUCUGAGCCAUUCCUUAUUGCAGUUGAAACCGCACUUUCCACCAUUCGCAACUGCCAUAGCCAGGACCGUGAGGUGAAGGAAUGGAAGAGAUAUCUGCGCCACUAUGCCUCAUCUGGCCGACCCCUGGGAGCUAUGCUCUUGCACAAGAGUUUCGCCCAGCUUGUUGUUUCUAGUACUUCUCUGAUGGUGAAGGGCCCUGUUUCUUUGCGAGAGUCUCAUGUGCUUGAUAUCUACAUUUCGCAGGGCGAGAGUUUGCGCAGUGUUGCUUCAUCUGCUCGAGAGGCGGAUUUUAAGACUAUUGAGGACUAUGCGGCUUUGGCGGUUGAGGAGAUUCAGUACAUCGAAGGUGGCGCGGACUUCAUUCGCAUGGGAUCGCCUGAUCAGCAGAGUCUCGCGUACGCUGUCAAGGCUGCAGCUCUUAUCUCCUACUUGAAUUGUGCUCUGCUCAACGAAGAUGCCGCCGAUUCGGAGAUUCUCAUGAACUGGUUGCAGGAAACCUUGGAUGACUCUGUCCAGAUGGCUGAUCCAACUCUUGCCUCUGUGACGCUCCGAUGUUUGGCCUUGAUCUGCCAGAUUUCGCCAUCCUUUUCGUCCAAUGUCAGCCGCAUCUUGCCCAGAUUCAUUGUCCAGGACGCGCCUCAAAAGAACAUUGUCACUAUCGCUUCCAGCAGCCUGGCAUAUGCUCUGAAAAUGCUUUCCAAAGAUGCUGUCAUCGGUACGCUCUACACAUUGGGUAACGUUCUCAGUCCCGGAUCAGACCAGGGAUUUGUGAACGACCAGAUCGAUGGGGCUUCGAGUGAAACUGGAUUGAAUCCCAUAUACACCAGACGCCAGUCCAUCGGAAGCUCCAUCUCCCUUCAGCUGCAUGAUGAGGAGGAGACUGCAAUCGUCUCAGGCAAUGUUGUGCAGACCAUUUGCGAAAUUUCUGCCGCGUUCAAGGACGAGAAGAUCACUGCCUUGGCUCAAUCGAUGCUUCAGCAGAAGCUUGAAAAGGUCAACACAGGCGUUGAUGCUCGAAUCAUUAGUGGAGCCGCCGCCCUGGCUCUUGAGGGUGGCCAGCUUGAGUUCCGUUCACUACUGAAGUUGUUCAGCAAAUUAUGCCAUACCGGAGUUGUCGAUAACCAAUUGUUUCUACUUGAAGCCGUGAGAAAUGCUCGCACCUUCAUAUCUGCCAACUUGCGACGCGAUUCCCAGCUGUUCAACAUCUACUUUGAGCACUUGCUUGACAACAUCAUCGGACUUGGCGAUGUUCAUUCUUCUGGACAUACUAAAGAAUCUGAUGUGCAAAUGGCCGCCAAGGAAAUUGCUGAGCUCCUACCACCCCUGGCAACUUUCAUGUCCAGCAACGAUUUUGCUUCCAAUCCCAUCACUGAUGACGAAACUUAUUCUCUACUUCGAGAUGCUUGGUUUAAUAUCGUUGUCCAUGGCUUUGCCACCAAUACGGAUCGUGGAAAGCAGUACUUGAGAGAGUUGCGGUUGAUUGCGAUUCACUCUCCACCCCUGGUGGCCGAGCAGCGAGGUGAACAGGUCGAAAGUGACAUUGAACUCAAUACCGUUCUACGACGGGGCAUGAGCAAUGACAGGGAAUCUAUGCAGAAGAAGCUCCUUAGCGACCUCGUACCCUCGAAGGCUAAUGAAAUCAAGAGUCUCAGCUAUCGCAAGGUGAUAUUCCUGCAGGCUGCUUAUCUCAUGGAAGUUCUUCGAGCCGACUCGGGUGAUUGCACCAAGGUUUUAUCUUACUUCCUGGAGCCGAGCAUGGCCAGGGGUGAUGUUAGCAGCGCUAUGGAAGGUGUUGCUGCUGCUGUAAUGGAUAAAUAUAUCCAGAAGACUCAAACUGGCGUGGAUCCCACCUUUUCUGCCCAGUACGCCGCCGAACAAUUGGCGGCCAUCUUCUGCAGCUGCUGCCAUCGCAUUGAGCGAGUUCAACAGGCUGCUUUUGUCUGCGCAGACCGUAUUCUUCGCGACAUCCCCUCGGCCCUUUGUCAUCGGUCAUCACUCUUUGCCUUGAUCGAGCUACUCUCUCUAAUGUGGACUAGCUGCUUGGAAGCAGAGACAGAUGUUUACGCUCCCCGAUCAACAUUCACAUCGGAGCUUGGUGGUGUGACUGUACAACUUUCAGACGAUUACGACUUCCGAAGACAGACGGUAGACACUCUCAACCGUAAGGCGAGGGUAUGGGUGAAUACCGCUAUCAACAUUUCUCCUCUCGAUGUAAAGGGUAUUUUGCAGACCUACCUCUCUGAAUUCAGUGAUGAGGGAGCGUACGGUCAUGUGUCUCUGGGAAGAUCAUUCGCUCUCGAGCUCGGAUCAAUCAUUCCGUUAACAGACAACCGUCUGCAAUCUAUGGAUAAAAUUGGCAACUCAAGUGUCAACACAGCAUCUGCCUUUGUUGCGCAGUACACAACUCGUCAAGAGUAUCGGUAUGGCGAGACGCUUCCUGAUCGUGGUACAGAGCUUAUGAGCUUCAUGAGUCACAACCGCCGCAUGUCAUUUGCGCAGUCAUCCGUGAAGGAGAGUGCUAGUGCCACUACUGCGCUGGCUCAUAUUGAGGCUAGGAUUCUUAGCAAGAAAAGCACAUCCACUACCGAGGUCCGGGAUAUCCUCCGCAGAGCAGCAGCUCUUCUUUGCCGCACGGACAAGGAUGAAGCCGCUGUUGCUCACCAUCUCGUGAGCAUUCCGUUUGCUCUUUUCACUAAGCAGUCUAUGAAUCUUGGUGUCUCUCUGUGGCUUGGAGUUAUAAAUGAGAACCCCAGACAGGAGUCGAGGCUUCUGAACGAGAUUGUUCAGCAGUGGGAGUUCACUCUUGGCCGAAAGGUCGGCCUUUUCAGUCCGACUUUGAACCAUAUUGAUCCAUUCUUCCUGAAGGAAGAGUUCGCCCCCAGCGAGUUGGAAGCUUUGGCCAAGAAGAAGCAGAUUGUGCACGACAUCCUCUCGCCCCAUACUCGAUUGCUGCAGUUCUUCGCCAGCCACUACAACGCUACUAGGCUUGGUAGCCCCGACAUUCAGAGAGUAUUCCUCCGAAUGCUGGACCUUACGCUCGAGGCCAUGAAGCAAUCUGCAACUCAUCCAAUGGCCCGCGAGAUCCGAUUCCAGAUUAUUCUGUUCGCUCUGCGUGUCCUACGAUCCAGCACUACUCUAAAACCUGUAGCACAGUGGAGACUCAAGGAGCGAAUCCUUACGGCUGGUCUGUCUUGGUUCAAGUCUUCGCCCAAGUGGUCUUUUGGAAGCAACCUGCUACAGAUGAAGACUGAGAUUCGUCUUAUCUCCGACGUCCUUGCCGCCUUACAGCUCGUCUCCCCCAUUGGGGCUCAGACUGUUGGCAACGUUAAGUCUCUACAGUCUAAGGAGCAACUUCUCGACCUUCUUCUCCGGAAUGAACAAACUCGUUUGAUUGUCUGGGUCAAUCCACUCAACACUCCUGGCAAUCAGGCGUUGGCGCCACCAGCAGGCAAGACACCAACUGAAGCCGCCCUUCUACCACUUAUACGCACAGCUUGGUGGCAAGAUCCCGCCAUUGCAAUUGAAUUGGCGACCCGGUUCCCUUUCCCUCGCCUGCAGCGUGACAUCAGAUUCCUGCUUCUUACCAUGCCUGAAAAGGCUAUCUUUAGCCCCGAGGCCCUGAGCUUAAUUUUUGGAGGAGCCCUUCCUGACGACGUUGGUGCUCAGCAGCUCAAGUAUCUGUUGUAUUGGGAGCCUGUAAACCCUGUGACUUCUGUAACCAUGUUCCUGCCAGCCUACCAGUAUCAUCCUUUCAUCAUCCAAUACGCCAUGCGUUCCUUGGAGAGUCAUUCUGUGGACGUGACCUUCUUCUACGUCCCCCAAAUUGUUCAAUCUCUCCGCUAUGACAGCCUUGGAUACGUCAAACGAUAUAUUCUGGAAACAGCCCAAUUCUCUCAACUGUUCGCUCAUCAGAUUAUCUGGAACAUGAAGGCCAACUCGUACAAGGACGAUGAUGCACAGAUCCCGGAUGAGAUCAAACCUACUCUUGAUACGGUUAUGACCCAGAUGGUUGACGAAUUUGCGACAGAGGACCGCGACUUCUACGAAAGAGAGUUCGCCUUCUUUGACGAAGUCACAGACAUUUCUGGUAAGCUCAAGCCUUAUAUCAAGAAGAGCAAGCCAGAGAAGAAGCAAAAGAUUGAAGAAGAGCUGCGCAAAAUCAAGGUCGAAGUCGGUGUCUAUCUCCCUAGUAACCCUGAUGGCGUUGUCAUUGGCAUUGAUCGCAAGUCUGGAAAGCCCCUGCAGAGUCACGCAAAGGCGCCAUACAUGGCCACGUUCCGUAUCCAAAAGAACAAGGGCGGCGUGUCUGAGGUGGACGAGAUGAUGGAUGAGAAAGAUGGAGGAGAGCAUGGAACUCCUGAGAAGACGAUCGAGGUCUGGCAGUCGGCCAUUUUCAAGGUCGGAGAUGACUGUCGACAGGAUGUGUUGGCGUUGCAGAUGAUUGCUGCAUUCCGAGGAAUCUUCCACGAUGUCGGACUUGACGUCUACGUCUUUCCUUACCGAGUCACCGCCACAGCUCCUGGUUGUGGUGUUAUCGACGUACUCCCCAACUCGAUCUCGCGAGAUAUGCUUGGCCGUGAAGCUGUCAACGGUCUGUACGACUACUUCAUCUCCAAGUACGGAAACGAGAACUCUCUUCGUUUCCAACGUGCCCGCAGCAACUUUGUCAAAUCGAUGGCUGCAUACUCAGUCAUUUCCUACCUGCUGCAAUUCAAGGAUCGACACAACGGUAACAUCAUGAUCGACGACGCUGGCCACAUCCUGCACAUCGAUUUUGGUUUCUGUUUCGAUAUCGCUCCUGGAGGCAUCAAGUUUGAGCGUGCUCCUUUCAAACUCACAACUGAAAUGGUGGCUGUCAUGGGCGGCUCAAUGGAGCAUCAGAGCUUCAAGGCGUUCGAAGAACUCUGUGUAAAGGCUUUCCUCGCUAGUCGUCAGUACUGCGAAAAGCUUAGCCAGAUCGUCUGGCUCAUGAUGGAUAGUGGUCUCCCUUGCUUCAAGCCUGAGAGUGUCAAGCACUUCCGCGAACGUUUUGUUCUAGACAAGAGCGAGCGUGAUGCCGCCAACUUCAUGAAGCAUCUUAUCAAGACUAGUUACUCGAGCCACAGCACAGGUAUCUAUGAUCAGUUCCAAUUGCUGACAAACGGCAUUCCUUAUUAG